CCUGGGGGCUGCCGUCUCCUCGGUGCCCCCCAAAAUCUGGAACCACCUCGAUGCCAACCUUGCUCUCGCUCUCGUGGGCUCGCUUACCCCCGAUCUCGCCUCCAUAUUCGAAUCCAUCGUCCUCGAUCAUCCAUCUCGCGCCGCCCGUACCCAGCUAAUCCUACGACCCGUGGAAGUCUGUCCAGGCCCUCACCUCUCAGCCUCAGGGCUCUACACCCGUCACCGAGUUCAUGACGGCUCGCAAGAACAAGUUCGAGGCCCUCAAGGCUGCCGGGUACGAUUUCGAUGGAUGGAUGGGAUCGCGGAUGAGAGGAUUGUGAGACUGAAGUUGUUAGCGGGAACGAGGGCAUUCAGUCUGGAGGAAAUGGGGUCGUUAGCCAUGUCCUGCAGCUGCGGAGAGCCCAAGCAGUGGAAUCUGCCUUGCGAACACGUCUGGGCGGUGCUCCUCAAUGACUGUUCUUCGAAGAGGUUCGAGAAGAGGUUCGAGAAGAGGUUGAAUCCCUUGAGAUACAUCCCAAACUACCACUCCUCCCUUGCGUUCCGCGAGACAUACUCUCGCCAAAUCAUCCCGCUGUUGACCAACAACUUGGAGGAGACUGAGUUCAACCUGGUUGUGGAAGUCGUGUAUUUGAGCAAAUUCCCCAUCAAGGCCCUCAGGAUCAUGGCAGGCUUUCCGAAAAAACAGGUUUCGUACUAUCUUCCUCGAUAUAAGUGCCGAAAGAGCUCUUGGACCUAGUGUUCCCCUGGGUGGACGGCGCAAUCUCUGAACCUUUAUCUAUUCAACCUUUCAACAGGUCCCAACAGGCAUGAAACUGACAAAGCGGAAUUCGUCUUUGUCGGUCCCGCCCCAAUCAGAUCAUGUUCAGUCUCUCCGAUGUACCAUCAGUCAGGACUCAGGAGGGGAGCGGAAGCAAAAUUUUGGACCCCAGCUGAGCCGACCGACCACCCCACCACCCGCCCCCCCCCCCUCUGGGGG